CCAGUUCUUGCUAUCGCAACCUACGUCGUUGUAGCCCAAAAGCGACAACUUUUUGCGGCAACUCGAAAAAUUCUUGCAAACGGCACUUUCGAAAGGAACGGUAGAAGCAAGUAGUAUUGUAGGCAUGGAUUGAGAUCGAGGAAGACAAAAACUUCAGAUCGGAUCGAACAAGUUGAGAAAGAAGUGAAGAUGGGAAAGGAAAGUAGCAGCAGCAACAGCAGCAACCCGGUUCAGGUGUUCCAGUGGCUGAACCGGAUGGUCUCAGAACCUUAUUAUCUCUUCCAUUUCUUAACUUUCUUCUCCUAUUUAAUCGUUCGCAGCUCCGCAACCCAAGUCCUAGCGCCUCAUGUCACCCACCAUCUCCUUCGUCGCGAAAUACAAACGCUGCUGGUUUUCGCGUUGUUGGCUCUCGUCAAGGGAGUAAAAGAAGAGACAUGGGAAGCCUUUAUAGCUGAUGCACUUUUCCUUGCCAAGGUGAUCGUCAUUGAUGUGUUUGCAAAACUCUUACAGCUUCCUUCUUUCAUUCCUACAUCAUUUCCCCCUUCCCCCUUUUUUCAUUAUUAUUCUCAAACCUUCUAUCUUACUUUAAUAUUUCCAGAUUUGUCCUUUUCUCCUAGCCAUUACAAUGGAUCGACUCUUAGCCAUUUGUCUUAUCCAUUCUGCUGGCAGGUGGAAUUUCGUGCUUCAUAUUCUCCAGCUUGCAUUCGCUCAAGUCAGCAGUUUCCUGAGCUCUCAAUUACAUACUCAAGCAAAAAAUUAGCAUUUGGAAUAGUUGAUGUUGGUCUCUUUCCCAAUGCUGCUGAAAAAUUCGGAAUAUCUCUAAGUGGAAGCAUGGGCCAGCUUCCAACAUUUAUCUUAUUUGAGAAUGCAGCUGAAGUUGCCCGCUUUCCAGAGUUGGAUUUUGAAGCUACAUAUUUUCACCCUACGAUUACAAAGGGACUUCUUUCUCGACAUUUUGAGCUUGAUCGGUACCUUCUCGAAUAUAUUAAUGGUAAAUAGGUAAUUGCCUCGUAGUUAUAAACAUCUAAUACUCCUUUUUCUGGAUUGAGGUUUGUUUAGGAUGUAAUGGAGCAAGAUGUACGAAAUUUAAUCUCUCUUCACUAAUAUAUGCUAUAAUUACAGGUGGUGU